UCAUUAGUUUAGGGCAUAAUUCUUUCAGUGAACAUUAACAGCUUGAUUCUUAAGUAGUUUACACUGAAAAUAGACAAAGCAGAGGAAAAUAUUAUCACAGUAAACAACCUCACAAUGACUGGAAACUGCACAGCAACUGCUGAGGUGUUGGAGAUGGAAAAUAUUUCUGAUUCCAGAAGUAAUAUUGAAUAGCUGCAUGAGUGAAUGCAGCAUAUUAAAACAGAUUGUGAUAGUUUCAUCUUCCUACCAUCUUUUCAUUUAGGAUUCUAUACAUCUGGCUGACCAGAAUAUAAUUGAGCUUCAGGAAAUCCUGCAAGAUAAAGAUGACAAAGUCAAUGACUGUUCGGAAAAACAGACCAAUGCUGCAAAUCUGUGUGAAGAUUUUAUGGCUCAGCUGGACAAGCUUGUCUUGACUCCUCUCUCAGCACUGCAAGCCCUGUUUCCAGGCCCCCAGAACCUCAUCCAGAAGCGCUAUGACAAGUUGUUGGACUACAAUAGCUACAUUCAGAGGUCAGCUGGAGAAGACCUGGAGAUGGCAAAGAAAGAAUACGAGGCUCUAAAUGCACAGCUAGUGGAAGAACUUCAGGUAUUCAACAGAGCAGCCAAAAAGAUCGUGUUGAACUGUCUACACUGCUUCAUCACCCUCCUCAGGAAUAUUAUGUUUGCAGCACUUCAAUCAAACUCUGCUGUCAUGGUGCCUAUUCCACUGUCCUCCUCAAGCAUCUGUGAAGUGCAGAAUCAAUUGAUAGAGGAGGUUCACAAGCUGAAUUUUGUAAAAGAAAACAUCAGUACAAUCUUUAUUGAGGGAAAAUUGAGCCUGGAAAAAAAGAAACCUGUUCCUUCUCUGCUGGAGUCCCCACGGCAGACAGAGGAGCACAGGUCCAAGCUGCUGGCUAUGUACAGCAUGGAGUUGCUGUACCAGGCCAAGCGCAAGUGCAACGCUGCGCAGGAAUUCGACAUUGACCUGCAGGAAGGAGAUCUGGUGGCUGUUGUGGAGCAAAAGGACCCCUUUGGAAGCACGAGCAGAUGGCUUGUUGACACAGGAAGUAAGUUCUCUGCACAAAUAUCCCAAUAACAGCUUUCCUUUGGGAUAUUGAUUUCUUUUCAUUCUGGCCCCAUCUGUUUGCCUCUGUCAUACUAACGGCUGCAUAAAACGGUUGGUUUUGAAAUGAUUUUAGCAGCAUUUUGCUGUUUAUUUAUUUUCUGUCUCUUUAUUCUGGUUUCUAGUCCUCACAGGGUAUGUGUAUUCCUCCUUCCUGAAGCCAUACAAUCCAGCCAAAGCGCACAAGGAUGUAGCAGAAAAUGGCUUUAGUGAUGAUGAUUUUGAUGACAUCAGCCUCUUUG